GGGAAAGAAAGCCCUGACUAAAUAUUUUGUUUCAUUUUAUAUCUAAAAUAGUCCAUACUUAAUCUUCUUGUUUUAUUUAAAGAGUUUUUUACAUAUUUAAGCAAAAAACGUUUAAUUCUAUUUAGGUGUGGAAACAAAUAGGUCUUAAUGAAGAUUGAACAGCGGCUAUCUAAAGAUUUCACAGCACCUCAACAUGGCAAAGAGUGGCCUCAGAUAUGUGCAAUAUUUAUAAGUAGCUUAGCAUCACUAUGUUGCGGCCUGGCGUUCUCAUGGUUCUCUCCAUCGUUACCUGUAAUAAUUUCGGAUAAAGAAAAUUAUGACAUCACCGAAGACCAAGCCUCCUACUUCACGGUCUUACCGCCAGCCACCAUGAUGCUCAGUGUACCUCUCUUCUCUAGUCUAAAUGACCGGAUAGGCAGGAAGAAGGUGAUCAUGAUAAUGGGUGUGAUACAAAUUGUCGCAUGGAGUUUAGUAUCGGUGGCGAAUAAUGUGUAUGUGUUCUAUUUGUCGAGGUGUGUUAACGGUCUCGGUGAUGGGUGUCUUUUCACGGCUUUGCCCAUGUAUAUUGGGGAAGUUUCGAAUCCUAAGGUGAGAGGUAGAUGGGGGAAUAUCCUGACGUUCAACAUCUACUUUGGGCAAUGUUUGAUAAAUAUCAUUGGUAGCAACUUUAGCAUUGUUCAUACUGCUUACAUCGUUUUAGUGGUUCCCAUUGUUUUCUUGGUAAUAUUUUAUUUUUUUCCCGAGUCGCCAUACUAUUUAGUUAUGAAGGGGAAAGAAGAGGAAGCCAAAGCAGCCCUAAAGUGGUUAACUAGAAAGGAUAAUAUAGAAGAAGAUUUCCUUCAAUUAAAAUACGAUGUGGCUCGGCAGAUGUCAGAGACAGGCACGUGGUGUGAUCUUUUCAAAAAUAUAGCCUACAGAAAAGCUCUUUAUGCAGGACUAUUCCUAAGAAUAUCCCAACAACUUGGUGGUAUAUCAGUGUUCGCCAUAUACACACAAUUCAUUUUUGCCAAAGCCGGUACCAAUAUGUCCCCAAGUAACGCCUCAAUUAUAUUCACUGGUUUAAUAUGUAUACUGAACUUUAUAGCAGGAUUCACCAUCGAUAAAUUUGGCAGAAGACCUGCCUACAUGGUGUCUUCGUUCUUCUCAGGUGUAGUUCUAUUUUUACUGUCUUGCUAUUUCUAUAUUGAUGACUACCAGAUUGAAAUUGAUUUGUCCUCGUUUAAAUGGGUACCACUGGCUGGCAUGAUGGUUUUUGUUUUUACGUACUCCUUUGGAUUAGGGGUGGUGCCCACUUUAAUGUUAGGAGAACUGUUCUCAGCUAGUAUUAAAUCGAAAGGGCUGUGCUUUCUCACAAUUAUUUUUGGGGUACUUGUGGGUUCUUUGACAAAAUUAUUCCAUAUUUUGGAAUCCAAUUAUGGACUGUUUUGUCCUUUUCUGUUGUUUUCUCUAAGCAGCUUAAUUGGAACCAUUCUGACUGUUUAUUUUGUGCCUGAGACCAAGGGAAAGACUUUGGAGGAAAUACAGCAGGCCCUUAAGGGUGAAAAGAAGGAGAAAAAGAACGAAAUUUUGUAAAUUAAGAUAUAUUUUCUUUUAUUUAUUGAAUUAUAAAUGUUUUAUAAACAUGUGUU